AUGUCCAGAGUGGAGGCUUUUAGGGACACAAACCUUCGCUCCCUAUUGAGGGAGUUGCGCACAGACAUAGCUAUGGCUGUAGAUGACCCUUUCCCUCUUGUCUAUGGUUUGGCGGACAAAAACAUCAUCACUGACCAACUGCUGAAGGACACUCUAGAGAAGGAGAGUAGAGAAGGGAUCCACAAGGCCAUGUACUCGCUCCUGUCCUGGGUCCUGGAGAAGAGCAGAUCCACCAUCCAGGCCUUCUGGAGCAACAUGAACAAAGACUACAACCUGGACAGCUACCCCAAGCUGCAGACACUGCUCACUAACCUGCACUCGAGACAGGAUGCUGCAGGCUCCAGAAGUGAUAAGAAAUCUUCUGGUGGUGACAAAACACCACACACGAAGAAAAGGAGCCACGAGGACAGAGACACCAACUCCCGCAAGCAGCAUUCACAGUAUCAUGCCAAGACAAGCAACGUGUCAGGUGUACAGACAGUGUCCUCCUCAGUCCAGAGAGGAGUCACCCUGUCCUCCUCCUCCCCCUGCACUGAGCCCACAAUCAGCGAUGACGCCAGAGAAAAGAUCCACAUCAAGCAGCUGUUUGGCUCAGAUGGGACUGCCAGAAAGUGUAUUAAAGUUGGUGGGGAGUUUUACUCUCGUGGUCCAUUAGAGGAGACAAGUGUGACUUCUCAGUCCAAGGCUGCUGGGAACACAUUUCACCACAAGGGGGAGACAACCACAGGCAUGGUUCACUAUAAUGAUGAUGAGUGUGCAGUAUGUAAGGACGGAGGGGAGCUGAUUUGUUGUGACGGUUGUCCUCAAGCUUUUCAUCUGAUCUGUCUCGACCCUCCACUUACAUCCAUACCAAGUGGCACUUGGCAGUGUGAACAGUGCUGUGGCAACAGAGUGAAAAGAGAGAAAGCCCAACUACCUUUACAAGCACUCAUGGCCACGCCUCAGCAAACAAACACCAACUCCAGUAACUCCAUCAUGGAGGUCUCUUUCUAUUCACCACUGUCGUCCUCCUCCCUCACAAGUGUCACAGCUUCUAUGAAUGGGCCCAGUGCCAUAAACCAGUGCCCAGGUGGAGAUCUGGUCAGUGUGAGAGAGGUGUGUGGUGUUUGUCACCUCGGAGGAGGAGACCUGAAUCAAUGCCUCCAUUGUUUGGCGUGUUUCCACGUACACUGCCUCUUCUCGAAGCCCUGGGGCAGCUCUGCAGAGACAGAGGCUGAAUCCAGAGGUUUACAGCUCACCCCAGUGGUUCAAAACACACUCAGUCAUGAUCAGAGCUCCUCGGCCCCUGAGCCCAUCCUCCAUAAAGACGAACUGGACUCCAUCCUGGGAGAUGGCUCCAUUGAUGGCAUCUUGCAGUGGGCUUUCCACAACAUGUCUCGGCCUCUUCCAGACUCUCAAGGUUGUUACCAGUGA